AUGAUGUUGACUGCAUAUGUCAAUGGACGAAAGAAAGAUCUUGUUGUUGCUGUUCAAAAAAGUGGCUUUGCAUGGGCUUUGGAUCGCAACAAUGGCAACCUCAUUUGGUUUACGGAAGCUGGCCCAGGUGGAACAAUAGGAGGUGGAAUAUGGGGUGCGGCGACUGACGAAAAGAGAGUUUACACCAACAUUGCGAACUCUGAUGACAAAAAUUUCACUCUUGCACCAUCAAACAUAACUACAACUAGUGGUGGUUGGGUGGCAAUGGAUGCAAGUAAUGGGAAAAUUCUGUGGUCUACUGCUAAUCCUAGUAACAGCUCUUCCAUUGGACCUGUUAGUGUUGCAAAUGAUGUGGUCUUUGCUGGAUCAGUAGACAAACAGGGAUCAAUAUAUGCAAUGAAUGCAAAUAAUGGGAAGAUUUUGUGGUCCUAUAAAACUGGAGCAAGUGUCUAUGGAGGCAUGUCCAUUAGCAAAGGUUGCAUAUAUGUAGGUCAUGGUUUUAAUGUUAAUCUAGCGUUUGGCCGCUUGUCGGGCGGAACCUUUCUGUUUGCAUUUUGUGUGAAGCAUGAUUAUACUAAAUGA